CUGACAACAGAAUGGAUGACAAAGUUGUCGUCCAGAAUCACCACGAACUCACCUCAUUCCAACCACUAUCACCCGAACCGGCUUCGAACUCGACCAGCUUUCUCUGGAGGUUAUUCGGCUUCUCGCGGGCGCAACAGAAGGAACAAGAAACGCAAAAAAUCACUCAACCGCACUUGACAGCCUCACAACAGAGACAAGAAUCCGUUAACAGAGAUGUGAGCACUCUCAAGGAGAAGACAAGAUCGCCGGUGAGCCAACCAAAAGCCGUUCCGAGCGUCAGAAGGAAAUCUGGCAGCAUGCAUAUGCAUAUGAGUGGCCAUGGCAUGAGUGGCGCGAGGAGCGAAAUAACGCCUCCGAAACGCACGCUGCAGACGGUUUUACACACGAUAGGAAAUAUGACGGACGUGCAACGAGGUGCUCAACCUAAGGAGACACUGAAACAGUACUGGAUGCCAGACGAGCAUUGCAAGUCGUGCUACGAUUGUCGUGAGGUGUUUAACACCUUCAGACGGCGUCACCAUUGUCGUGUGUGUGGACAGAUCUUCUGCUCACGUUGUUGCUGGGAGACGAUUCCCGGUCACCUGAUGGGCAUGGCUAAGGAUCUGCGCGUGUGUAACUAUUGUGUGCGAAUUGUGAGGGAUUACACGCAUUCGUCGGGUGCUGGGAGUGUGAUUAGGAUGGAGUCAAGGGAGUGUGCUGGAUCGAAUGGGGGGACGCCUGUUCGUCGGCAUUGUUCAAUCGAUUCGAGUAUAAAUGAAGAGAAGGGAUUUAGGUCAGCAUUUGAUGGCGAUGAAUUUAUGGGCAAAACGCUCCGACCAACGACUCUCCCUCACAUCCGCCUAGACAACGGCAACGACUGUAGCCCACCACCCGACAUCUACACCCCAAUAGUGCCGAGUGCAUUACAGUUUGGCUCCACACCUCAGAAGAGCAUCAAGGGGCGAGGCAUUGAACUACGAGAAGUUUGGUUAGAGCUACAGAAACCGGAACAUGGGCUACUGCAGGCGCAUCGUUAUCGUCUCCGUUCGUAUCCAAACACUUUGGUUGCAAGUGAGAUUGUUGACUGGCUGCUGGAAAGAGGCUGUGCUGGUCCAAACAGAAGCCAAGCGUGCGUCUUAGGGCAAGCACUCUUGGACUCAAAGAGGAUCGAACACAUGACAGGAGAAGUUCUGUUUAAGGAUGAAUACACGCUGUAUCGUCCUGGAUUGAUCGGAACGGUGGAGAUUGCUGAAGUCGCGAAGGCUAAACAGAGAGAAAACACGGACGAUGAUAUGGGGCCGGAGUGGUUCCGAUCGUUAUCUAAAGCUGAAGUAGGAUCGCAGAGUCCAAGCGAGACGAGCAAUACAGAUGACAAAUACGCCUACUCCGACGAUGACACUCAAACAUCAGCUAUUUCUCCCAACCCUGAUUCCAUCCCGGCUGCUACAUCAGACACCAAGUCUACCGAAUUAGACGACGAUCAUACCUCAUGGCCAGUUGGAUUACAAGAACAACUGAAUUCUAGUGACACCGUCGUGUCCGAAUCGGGUGCAGGCGCGUCUACAUUACAAGCCGCCUUAACAAACCUCAGACAAACAGACAGCAAAGAUAGCAGCGGAUUUGUCAACCCAGAGCAACGUUACCUCUUCACGUCGCUUCGCGGACAACAAAAGCACAACAGCUUUGAAUGCUUUCUGCGUAGCGCAUUGAGAGUAGCAGACAGCGGGGGAGUGACGGCCGGCGGGCAAGAGGUGACGCUGCGUGACAACCAGAAUCAGAGAAUUGCAAUCGAACGUCUCAAUCGAUGGCAUAAGAAUCAUGUUGAUAUGUUGCUAUGGCAACAGCUAUGGGAUGUCGGUCUUCCGAAGGAAUGGUUUAAUGUUGUGCAUGAUAUUGCGCAUAUGAUUAGUCGGAAGGUGAGACCGAAGUUUGCGGUCAAUGAUCACAUCGAUCUUCGUAAAUAUGUCAAAUACAAGAAGAUACCCGACAAGACAAGAUCAUUUUCAUAUAUUAGUGGCAUUGUAUUUACGAAAACUGUUGCCCACAAGAAGAUGGCAUCGACAUUACGUCGUCCUAAAAUUUUGCUUUUGCGAUGUGCAUUGGAAUACGAGAGAGUUGAGAACAAAUUCUCGUCUCUCGACUUGCUGGUGAUGCAGGAAGCUCAACACCUCAAGUCUCUAGUCGACAGAAUAAAGAACUUAAACCCCGACAUUGUGCUAGUUGAAAAGAGCGUCUCACAACUCGCUCGCGAUUACCUCCACAAAGCCAACAUCGUGCUCGUCUUCAAUGUCAAACGCAAAGUGAUGGAGAGACUCGCUCGUUGUACUCAAGCUUCGCUGGUGACCGCGAUCGACCAAUUGCAGUUCGACUCGGUUCGUCUCGGAAGGUGUGAGCUCUUCAAACUUUGCGAUUACGUAUUGCCCAACGGGAAGCCGAAGCCGUUGAUGUCGUUUGAAGGCUGCGCCGAGUCGCUCGGCUGUACAGUCAUCCUACAGGGAGAUAAACAGCAGCUGCCUGUAGUAAAGAAGCUGCUGAACACGGCCGUGUUGGCGUCAUAUAAUCUACUCAUGGAGAUGCAGCUGCAUCUGGACAUGUUUGCGAUGCCGCCACCGUUUGAUCCUGCUCUUUAUAGUGAAGUCAAGGCGACGAUAAGUGACAAAAUGUCGAGAGUAACGACACCAACGUUGUACCCGUGCAUUCCCGACGACGAGUAUCGACUAGAAGACGAGCUGCUGAUUGAUGAAUCGGCCACAGAUGCAAACAGCGAUGAUAACAUUCAAGGUGAACGCAACGAGGAGGUCGAUACUCAUGAGGGUGAUGACCGUACGAGUGCUGUUUGUGUUGUAGACGUGGCAACUGUAGGUGUUGAUGAUUCUCACGUAGAAACUGAACUGACAAGAAACGUGGUGACGGAAGGAUUAGCUGGUGAUCAAGAUGUUGAAGCCAGGAAUGAUCAUACAGACCUGGAUGAUAGAGAAACGGUUGGAAAACGAGACGUCAACACAAGAGUAGAGAAUGCCGAUGAAGAGGGACAGACACAGAACAUUGAAUUGACUCCCGAUUGUUACACAAACGUAAACGAUGAAUACGUGAUAGACAAUGGACAACAACCUCGAGAUCCACUCUGGACGCUCGAUCCGAGCGACGACGGAGACGAACCGCCUGCUGCUGUGUCUCUCGUCGAUGCCGCCGAUACUCCAUCUGCUGACAUCCGUGCCACACACUCACCAUGGGAUGACCAGCUCUCCUGCUCGCCGUUACUACAAAGCAUCGCAUACGGCACACAAUUCAUUGUCUCCACGGACGACACCUCGGAUCAACUCAACGUCUCAAUAGCUCACUUACUACCCGAUCGACCGAGCUGCUUCCUUCGCUGUCUCAUGCAAGUUUUACUCACUCUCUCACCACAUAUUACAUUCCCAUUGCCAUACGUGGAGACAGCAGCCGGCAGUUUGUCCAACGUUCGUCCGUUUCUUCCGAAUAUUGUUUACUUCUCUAAACGAUUUAAACCACAAGAGCAAGCGGCAUCGUCACGUCUCACAGCGAAUCGGCAGCCAUCGUGUACUAGUACAGACUUGGAGAUUUGUAAGGAAAAGGAGUGGGGUGACCCGCAUCCGUUUGUUACCGAAGUAAUCAAAGAACCGUUGAGUGCGUCCUCGUGUGCAGCUCAGUUGGCAAAUUUUCGUGCGUUUGGUGGUCGUGUUGGCGUUGAAAACAAGUCGAUAUUGGGCGGUUGUAGUCACGGAUUUGUCUCGCCAGUAAGGAAACCGGUUGGUCAGUUGAAUCUUGCGAGGGAUGAUGAUGGUGGUCGAUCAUAUGGCAGCAGCUUGCACACGAAUGGGAACAUGUCGAGUGAGCAGACGACACACAAUCUGCCUGAUAGGAAUGCAACACAACCGUCGAUCCCCAGACCUGUGAAAUACGAAGGAAAGAUUGAUUGCCUUGAUAUUGAAAACCAUCAGCAGCUGCUUGUACUCUUCAGCAGCCAAUCAUCAGCGUCCAACAACGCACCCAAUCCUUGCAUCCACCCAUGGGUUGUGACUAUGGGUUUCUAUGGACAAAAUGACAUUGCGCUGGGUCAUUUCCUCAAUCACUAUUGCUUCAGAUUUCCGUUUCGUUGUAGCGUCCAGGUGUGCGGUGCUGACAUGGUGAAGCAUCAGAGGCACUUUGUUCAUGGACGAGGAGUUAUUCGUCUUGUGUUGGAACACAUGGAGAAGCCGGUGGCAGGAUUUGAGGACAAGAUACUUUGUUGGACUUGGUGCAAACGAUGUCGACAAACGACGCCCGUCUCUACCCUGUCUGAUGAGGCUCAAGCUUUCUCGUUUGCUAAAUAUCUCGAGCUUCGUUUCUACGCACGAAACUACGGCUGUUAUCAACUCAGUGACAUCGAGUGCCACCACUCGCUUCAUCAAGAUCACGUCCAUUUUUUCAGUUUCGGACGCAUCAUCGCCAGCUUUGAACAUCAGACCAUGUGUCUACUGGAAGUCGUUAUUCCUGCUGUUGAGAUGAUGCUGGAGACUCACGGCUACGAAGUCUUCAGUUGGCACCUUCAUCUUGAUCAGGCGUGCAAUUACUUUAUGUCGUUUCACAGAGUGGUUGAGGAUCGACUGAAUGAGAUGGCCACAUUGACAAACCUUCCGAACGACAUUGUGGAGCAGAUUGAGUUGAUGAGGAAACACUUGGAAGGAGAGAAAUCCGAAGUGUUGAAUAACACGACGAAACUGAGAAAUCGAGCUGAGAAAUUUGGGUUGAUAUCAAGAACGGGAAAUGAGAGUCCGUAUGCAGUCAGCCAUAUGUCGGUGUUUGAGAUGGUGGACGCGUGUAAUGAGUUGAAACGAGCGUGUGUGGACCGUGUGAACUACUGGAAUAGAACAUUAUGUGAAUUGCACUUGAGGAAAACAGACAAAGGCCGACGUGCGAUGCUCAGCAAGUUGUCAAAGACAGCGUCGUCACUACCGUUGUCACGUGACGAUAUGGAUCAGUACGACAUCGUGAGAAUCGAGAAGUCACCACUGUCGACGAGCACAGAGAGCGGACUUGAAAGUGAAACACAAAAUCAUGAAGAAAGCAACUCAGAGCAAAGUAGUCAUAACCAGAGAUACUCAGAUAGUAAAGAACAAAGAGCAUCGAUGUCUCCGGAUCGUAGUGGCAGUAGACAGACAGAUGAGAUGUCUUCGAGUGUUGCUAUAAGAGAAGUGGAUCAGUUGUCUGUUGAACUGUCGGGUGUCGUCUCUUCGUUUCUUGCUUCAACGUCAUCGUCUUCGAAGAGUGUGAAGUACUUGAAGAAGACAACCAGUUCAAAUUCUAUUGCUAGUGCUCCUAUACUCAUUGAACAGUCCGAGAAGAGCAAAUCGAAACGCAACGCAUCGUCCAUUUUGUCUCGUUUCCUUCCUGACUCAAGCUUCCAGCCUCUACCAUCACCGCUACCAGCAACUGAGCAUCACGGCUUGCCGAUGACGAGGGCGUUUCCUGUUCCUGUGUAUGACAGUGAGCCGAGCUCGAUUGUUGCGUACACACUGAGCUCAAAAGAAUAUUAUGAGAAGUUGAGAUUGUUGCAGUGCGUGUUGGAGCACAAUGCCAGCGAACAGAAUCGCAGUCGUUUGUCUUCCCCACGAGGUGGUGACGACGUUAUUGCUGCCUCAUUACAGGAAGAUUACUACACUCAACCUACAAACUCAUCUGGCUGUUCAACUCCCGUUGCAUCAUCUACAAAGGACAAAGAAAGCAUCAAGUCUUCCAUCCUCAGUUUCUUCCGUCCAGCAUCCUCGUCUCUUGAACAUCAAGGUCAAGGUGAGGAAACAUCAAGAAGUGGUGACAGUGAGGAACCAAGUGACCGUGAAUCAUCAGACUUUCGAGAUACGAGCCCGAGUAGUGAUGGUACACGACGAAAGAGCAGUAGCUCAGGACGAUGGACACGAAACAGUAGGAUAAAGUCGGAGGAAGACGUGAGCAAUGGUGGAGUAGAUGAAACCGACUUGGGAAUGUCGACGCCUGUGAUGUCAGACGAAGAUCAACAACAUAUCACAUAUCAGUAUCCAUCUGAGAACUACAAGUUUUACUGUCGAGUUUACUUUGCUGAGCAGUUCAGGAAGUAUAGGGAAGUUGUAUUUCCGGAUGGAGAAGACCGGUUUGUUCGCUCGUUGUCAAGAUGUUGUGUUUGGGCUGCAAGAGGCGGAAAGUCUGGAUCAAAAUUCUGCAAAACUUUUGACGAUCGUUUCAUUGUCAAGCAAUUGAGUCGAUCUGAAAUGCAGUCGUUCAAGUUGUUCGCCCAGCAUUACUUCGAGUACAUGGAGAAUGCCCAUCGUAGCAAAGAUCCCACAGUAAUUGCAAAGAUACUCGGCGUCUACACAAUUGGUUUCAAAAACAGCCACACAAACACGUCAUUGAGGCAAGACAUUUUGAUCAUGGAGAAUUUAUUUUAUGGCCGACAAAUCUCGAGGAUAUUUGAUCUGAAGGGUUCAGAACGAAAUCGAUACGUACAGUCGAAAGGGCAAAAUGAAGUUCUGAUGGAUGAAAAUCUGUUGGAGUUUGUGUGUGAGUCUCCAUUGUUCAUUCGUCCACAUGCGAAAAACGUCCUCACAAGAUCGAUAUUGAACGACACAGCAUUUCUAGCCAAACAGUUUGUCAUGGACUACUCAUUACUGGUGGGCAUCGACGAGACUCGAUCCGAAAUCAUUGUGGGAAUCAUUGACUUCAUACGGACGUUUACGCUUGACAAGCGACUAGAAAUGUGGGUCAAGUCGACGGGAUUGCUCGGUGGACAUGGGAAGAUGCCAACCGUUGUAUCUCCAGAUGUCUAUCGUAAACGCUUCUGUGAAGCAAUGGAUCGUUACUUUCUCAUGGUGCCAGACAAAUGGUCGGCAGUCGGCGCGGACGUUGACUGGGAAUGCAGAGAAUUCGAUUGAGAUAUUUGCUGAAGUUGAGUCGUAGGUUGAUGA